AUGGCUUUGUAUGAUAACGACCAGGUGCUGGAUAUACUGUCCUCUUUGGGAAUUACUGUUGAGGAUACGGAUACUGGUCAAAUACUAGGCGUGUGCUCGGGGUUUAACAUUACCCGAGACUUGGCGUUUGUGGGCGAGUAUGCAGUUGUGCCCAAAUACCGGAAGCUGGGUAUCGGACACUCCCUAUGGAAACGGUGUUUAGAGCACUGCUCGAAGCGGAACUGCGCUAUAUUUCCGGAGCCCAAG